UAUAUAAGCGAGUGUUUGAAGAAAACUGCGUAGAGUUUGGGUCUAAAACUGUAGUCAAUGUUUGCAUUGGUUUUGAUGUUUUCGUUGUUAUUAUUAUUUGUGUCAUAACUGCGCACUUAGUUUAUAACCAAUUGAUUGAUCCAUUGAUUUGGUGUCCAUUUGGUGGACAAAGUGUUUACUAUUUGAAGCCAUGUCUUGAAUGGCAAUGUCUUUAAUGACAACUAAAUGUAAUUGUGUUAUAAUAGCCAAUGAAUGGCACAGUUAUGUGAAAGAGUUUUCUCUUGACUGCAAUGGUGUGGUAUGUCUGGUAUGACACGUAUGACUGGUUUGUCUGGUUUUCAAUGAUAUAAAGCUUGCAUUUGAUGUCCUUUUUUUGUUGACUGACCUUAAAAUGGCGUUCAAAAUGAUGAUCAAUAAUACAUUGGUUGAUAUGAUUGCUAUCCAACUGCUAUGCAAUGAUCGACCCGAUGUCCCCCUGAAGAGGGGGUCUCACUAUUGGUUGAAUAGUUAUAAGUAUUGAUUAGUUUAUUAUUAAUUUUUCUUAACAGAAAUGCUAUGAAUGAGUAGUGAAAUGAAGUCAAUUGAUGUCAAAUGACUCGGUUGUGUUGGCAGUCACUGUCAUUAUCGUUAAGCUCUUUGGCAAUUGUUUUGCUAACCAAUUAUCUAGUCUUAUGUGUGGAGUGGCAGUCAGGACAGACACCUAUAAAUAAAGCCAAUGAUUGGCAGAGCGGCAACAGUGCCAACACUUCCCAAAUACAAUACAAACCGUUUGUAUCAAAAGCUCUUGUUUUAUCUGAAAGCAUAUCUGUUGCAGAUAUUGAGUCCAUAGAUUCAGUCAAUUCAAGUGAUGAUAGAAAAGCCUUACCAUUGAUAGCCAAUGAAACCAAUGGAUGUCAUGUUUUAGGCCGAGAGUCUCAGUGCUCGUGCUAUCCAUUGGACGACGCAUUUCUUAUAGACUGCAAAAUAACUUCAUAUAAAGAGAUAAGAGAUGACUUAAAACUAUUGAUUUCACUACCGAUUAAGUCUUUUAGCGUACAUUCCAUUAAUGAAUCAUUGGAUGCAUUGCCUGACAAACUAUUUGAUAAUUUUUCAACCAUAGAACAGAUGUAUAUCUCAUUGUCAUCUCUGGUGAAUGUGUCGGUCGAGUCAUUUGAAGGUUUAGAAACAAGUCUUAAGACAUUAAGUUUAGUAAAUAGUAAACUGAAAAGAAUCCCAAAGACAGCGCUUUCUAUACUGAAGAGUUUGACAGCUUUAGACUUGGGAUCAAAUAAGAUUGAAGAAGUAGAUGCAUAUGCUUUCUAUGGGUUACCUCUGGUCAGUCUAAACCUACAGUCAAAUGAAAUCAAUAGUUUAUUAGAGUUUUCAUUGAGAGGUCUGGAAAAGACAUUAAUAGAGUUGGUAUUGACUAACAACCUGAUAGACCGCUUCCCCUUACAAGCCAUCCGUCGCCUCAAAGCACUCGUAUCAUUAAAACUGCAAUCAAACCGAAUAACUGAAUUACCGGACGACGGGUCCACCCGAUUGUUAUCCCUUAGGAGUCUAGAUCUACACUCUAACCGAAUCAAGCGUUUGGAUUCCCUAUCAUUUAAAACUACUCCUAAAUUAGUUAGCCUUUCAGUAGCUAACAAUAGAUUAACUGAUUUAAGCGAUUCAUCUAUUUUUGGACAUCUCUUGGAUUUAGAGACUCUAGACUUAAGUUUCAAUGAAUUAACUGGUAUUGACUUGAAUAACAUGAAAGCCUUGCGAAGUAUAGACUUAAGUAAUAAUGAAUUAAAAUCAAUGGCAUUACUGAAUCUGAUUGGUAUUAGAGAAGUGUUUGUAUCGCAUAAUAAAUUGUCAAAACUAACGAAUAAGACGUUUGUCAACUGUUCCAGUCUUUCAGUGGUGUUUAUGCAACACAACUCCAUUGAAUCAAUAGAGAUGAACACAUUUGACACUUUGCAGUACUUAUUAACACUUGAUUUAUCAUUCAAUCAAUUAAAAGCUAUAGACUCACAGCUUUUCAAACAUAAUACUCAACUGCAGUCCCUAUAUCUCGAUAACAACCCCUUCCACUGUGAUUGUAGACUAUUAUCGAUCUAUGAAUGGCUUGAAACUCACUCCCGAUUGCUUGCUUUGGAUGAUAGACAGGAUAUGUUAUGCUCUGAACCACAAUCACUCAAACAUAACUCACUAUUGAGUCUAAGUGUUGGUGACUUCUGUCCCGUUCCUAUAAUAUCUGUGAUGAAAAUAAGUAAAUUGGACUCAACUCAAGUCAGUAUCAAAUGGGAAGUACAUAACGACACACUUGUCGAUGGUUUUACUCUCGAGCAUUACUCUAACUUAGCCAAUAACAUCACUCCGAUGGCACUCAAACUAUUGGGUCCAUCACAAAGACAACUUGACAUUAGGGAUCUGAUGCCAGAAAACUGGUACAUGUUUUGCGUUCAGGCAAAUGGCAAAUAUCACACACAAGACAUACAUAGCUCUAUGAAACCCAUGUUAAUCAAUGUUAACCAUUUGAAUGCUUCUCAAUAUUUUGCUGCUAAUAGAAAGUGCUCACAAGUACGCACUUUGUCUAAGAGAGAUGUUAUAUCACUUUCAACAAUACAAAUAAUAGCCUCUAUUGUUGUCUUAGUAGUAAUCAUACUAAUGAUAACAGUGUGUGUAUUAGUUAUUGUCUAUAAGUACCGCUCAAAGAAGAGACGCCCACUUAAGAGUCAAGUUCCCGAUCCCGAAGAGUUCAUUACUUAUCGACAUUUCUCACUUCCGUCGUCUGAAAACGUAUAUUCAUGAGAGAGUGAGUGAGUGGUGAGAGAGAGAGAGAUUGUGUGUGUGUGUCUGCAAUUGCAACCAUUAAUGACUAUUAGAUGAUCUCUUGACAACAACUGCUUACAACUCUUACAGUCCAUAUGUCCACUACUAGUCCAAUGUCACUACCAAUGCUCAAGUAUAUGCAAAUGUUAUAUAACAUUAUACUCAAAGUUUAUUCAACUCAAUACAGCAUAUUAUCUAUUGAUUUGCUGUUAUUAUUAGAUUUAAUACAAAGUAAACUAAUUAGAUAUUAUUGUUCAUUAUUUGUAGAAUUAAUAAAACAUUUUUUGAUUACUUUAUUUUAGAUAGUUUUAUAAUGUUAAUAUUUUUUAUUAUUAAUUUUUAUAUAAGUGAUAUAUUA